GCCUCGUCCUGUGCGUAGUGGAGGUGGAGGUCUGAGCUCUGCGGAUCGCCCGGGCUUUGGGGUCUGAUCUGCGCUUCUGUCCUCGCUCCGUGUCGUUCCCUUUUUCUUUUUUUUUUCUCGUUCUCCGGAGCCUUUCUGGGCCCCUCCUCCUCCAGCCCCGCUCCUGGGCCGGGUCCGCGGGGCCUGGUCCCGGUUCGGCUCCGGGUUUAGCCGCUGUUAGCCCGUUUAGAUUUUAAUUCCAAGUGAGAUCGAAACCGCAAAAGGAGGAGGACCAAACCAUUUAGUCCGGGUGCGAGAUUCUGCGGAACACCGGUGCCCAAAACCUGCCCAAAACAUCCCACAGCGCGCGUUUUCUCCUGAGAUGAAGACCUCGUCCGAGAGAGCGAGGAGACCGCCCAUGCUGAGUCCGUCUAGACCCCAGCCCAGACCAAGCCCCAAGUCCAGACUCCAGGACCGGACCGACAAAACCAGCCAGACCAGGACCAGGACCAAGACCAGGACCAGGACCAGAGCCAAGAGCCGGAUCACCAUGAGCAAGAGUCCGCCGGCCGAUACCAUCAACCUGGACUCCAGCAACGAGGAUGGACCGGCAGAACCCGUCUUCCCCCCGGUUCUCAGUCCCGGUCUCAGUCCAGGUCUCAGUCCCAGUCUUAGUCCAGGUCUCAGUCCAGGCGUGAGUCCGGAUCCCGGUCCAGAUGUGGUGGAUUUGACCUCCCCGACCUCUGACCCCGCCGCUGUGGUGGACCUCACCAACGACACGGUGCUGGUCCUCGAUGAAGAUCAGACUCAGAGUUACGUGCUGAGCAGUGACGAAGAGGAACCGACCGUGACGGGAACAACGACCACGUCCGCCGCGGCUGCUCCGAGGAGGGAGGGGUCGGCUGGAGUCCACAUCAGCUGCCCCGUCUGCAUGGACUCUUAUUUUGAGAUCGUGGACAGCGGGCGUCUCCUGGUCUCGACUCGGUGCGGACACGUCUUCUGCAGUAUUUGUUUACGAGACUCUCUGACCCAGAGCCACAGCUGCCCCAUCUGCAGGAAGAAGCUCCCCAAAGGACACUACCACCCCAUCCACCUAUAACCGCCAACGAAAACACGACGAAACCCGCGCACCCGCCGUUCUGUCGUUCUCGAUCUCUCCCGCAGGGGGCGCCGCGCUGAGAAAAAAAAAAAAAAAAAACGCAUCAGAAGCCUUAAAACUCGAACGGUUCUGAAUGUGCAUGUAUUUAUGAAAACUCAUGUGAAAAUAAAUGACGACGCUUAAUUUUUUGUUUUUUUUUCUCUCUCAUCUUAAAAAGUAUUUAUUAAUUUAAACUUAAAAAAUGUAAAUGGUUUAUUGCACCACUUCGGUCUGACUCUGUGAUCUCCUUUAACAAAGAUAAAGCUUUUUUCCUUCUUUUUUUUGUAAAUGGCAACUUCACUGAAAAGAUUUGGUUUGUGUUAAAUCGGCGUGCCAUAUUUAUAAUCGCUCUAGUCACGUAAAAGUGGGUUUCAUUCCAUUCCUGAUUGUCGGAGAAAUGUUUUUGUAUUUGUUUUGUUUAGUUUUGUUUAAUAAAACACCAAAAUGAGAAGCCGCUAAAA